GGCAGUGCAGCUUAAAGCACAGUUUGCAAAUGGCGGCCAAAUUAAAGAAAAACUAGGACAGUUGCGAUGAGUUCUGGAAUUUUUCGUCCAAGAUAUUCAAAGAGAGAAGUGACAAAGCGACCUUUCAAACUAGAGUUACCUCAUGGAUUAGCUAAAGCAGCAGUAGAUGAAAGGCAAACUCCAAAGAAGACCUUUCGGCAAGUCCCGACUGCAACACCAACACCAGGGGAUGUCUCUGUCUCGUUUCUAGCCAGUACUCCAAAGCCUGGACGCCCUCAGCUAUCACGACGUCGGCCCAGGUCAAGUGAGGUUGUGGAAGACAGGCUACUGAUUACAGCGGAAAUCGACAGUCAGCUAGAUCAGCAUGUUGCUACUCAUGCAGGAGAGGCUGACACUAGCAAGAAUGUUGUUGAAGAAGCUGAACAGAGUCCUCUAACAAGAUCUAAAACAUUGGCAAAUAGAAGUCAAAACCACAAACAAAGUAGAAAAAGUGAUAACCUUACAGUUGAGAACAAAAAUGAGAGUGUUAAGGAAGGUAGAUCUAGGAAAAGGAGGAAAAAUGAUAGCAAUGAUGAACCAAAUACUGCACUUUCCAAAAAGAGUUUAACAGAAGAAAAUGAAAGUUCAGCUGAUGAAAGCAGUGAUACAUCUAAGUCUGCUGGUAGGAAAAUGCGGAAUGAAGGGGGGAGUGACAUUUCUGAUGCAACAGCAGGCCAAUCUAAUGCCAGCAUUUCCCAUGGAAACCUCAGUGUCAUGUUUAAGACCAGGAGUAGUUUGAGAAAGUCCCCAAACUCUUCACUGGAUCAAAGCAAUGAUUCACCACCAGUGAAAGUAGUUCAGAAUAUUUCUCAAAAUGCAAGAAGUAGAUCUGCAAAUAAGGGCAACUUGUCUAAUUCUCAGAAACAGAAAUCUGUGGUAGUUAAAAGUGGAAACAAUGGAGUAGUUACUGUAGUAGACAAGUCUGUUGCUUUGAAGAGACGGAGUAUUAAAUCUUCAAACAUUAAGACUAAAAAGGCAAGGAUGGAAGAAGACAAAGCCCAUAAAAUUGGAACACAAAAAGAUCCAGGAAAUGAAGCUAAAAAGAAUGAAGGCAACAACCCCAAAACAUUUGUUAACAACAAUGUAUCAACAAAGUUAGUCAGUAAAGUCAAUAAUGACAAACCGGACUCCCAGGAAACCACUGAUUCUCCGUCAGAUCAUGACAGUUUAUCUGAUGAGUAUAUCCCUGACAAUUCUGUAUUGACCAACAGCAUUGCUAAAAACAGGAAAAUUAUCAGUAGAAAAACUGCAUCUUCUAAGGAGAAAGUUGAUGCAAACUCCGUUAUAUCUAAACAAACUCAGGAUGAUCAAGAAAGUAAUAAAAAAGACAACAACCAGAGGGCAAUAUCAAAGAAUAAGAGUCAUAUUGAUGUAGUACCGGAGAUGGAGAGUGUCACAAAGAAGAUGGCGGAGAAAGAAAAUAUGUCUAAAAAACAAACCACAUCAAACCAUAUAAGAAAAAUUGUUCGACAGAAGAACAGAGUGGAGCCAGAUUCAGAUGUUGAUGAACAGAUUGAUGGAGAUAACGGUAAUAAUGCUGGUGAAGGUAGGAGCAGCCCAACAGUAUCUCCUGGCACCAGUUUGAGGGCCGGAAAAUCUGUUGUUGACAUGGAUGUUGCACUGAGUCUCGUCACACAGAUAAUGGAUGCUGUUGUGGUGGAUACGGAGGAGGAGGAGGAGAGACUGGCCUGUUGUCUGCUGCGCAAGUACCUGAAACAGGAUAUCACACAACUGGUAACAGACAUACAUCAAGUUGUGACAUUGCAGAAGCAGGUCAAAAUGAGCGGGCAGCACAUUAAGCAGUUGCAGAAGAAGCUGAUGCACACACAGAAUGAGCGGAUGGAGUUAGAGGCUGCUGCAGAACCAAACAAAGCCUGUCAUAGAAAAAACAAGAAGAUAGCUGAAAUCAACGAUUUCCUGGCCGGCCUUAAAACACUUCUGCAUGGGGAGCCCAGAGAUUGAACUUAAGGACUUAGUGAUCCCAUUCCCUCAAUACAUCUGUCACAAAGACUGUGCCUAAUCUACUGUGUUAUAACCGUUAUUCGUAAUUUGUUUGAAGUGCACACGGUACAAUUUUUUUGACUACUUCAACUCUUCAAUGACCUGUUAUAGCAGUUGUUUUUUUAUGCCCCCACAAAGUGGCGGCAUAUAGGGUUGCCCUUGUCCGUACGUACGUCUGUCUGUCUGUACGUACGUACGUCCCGAAGAUUGUUUCCGAUCUAAUUCUUGAAAACUGUUUGUCCAAUCCUCACCAAACUUUAAACACAUGUUUGUGACCAUAAUAUCUUGAUCAAGUUCGAUAGUCAUGGAAAUCGCUUUAGUCAUUUAGGAGUUACGGCCCUUUUUUGCCAAAAAUACUUAAAAAAUAUAUGUUUCCAAUCUAAUUCUUGAAAAGUAUGUGUCCAAUCCUCACCAAACUUUACAUACAUGAUUGUGACCAUAAUAUCUUGAUCAAGUUCGAUAGCCAUGGAAAUCGCUUUUGUCAUUUAGGAGUUACGGCCCUUUAUUUGCAAAAAAAGACUUGAGAUUAUCCUGAAUAAUCAUUAUGGCUUAUUUUCUGUGACAAAAAAUCGAAGUGGGGGCAUCCGUGUCCUAUGGACACAUUUCUAGUUAAUCAGGUGUUUCCAAGAUAUAUAAAAACAUAAAUCUAGUAUUUAUGUUGUUAUACACUAGGUACAUAUAUGUACCAGUAGAAUAAAAUCUAAAUGCUGGCAAAAGAGAGCAAAAUUAUCUUGGUAUUAAAUAUACUUUUCAGGUGCUUUGAUUUUACAGUUUUUAGUUUUUAGCUUGACUAUUUGAAGUAUAAGGAGAGCUAUCCUAGUCACCCGAGCGUCGGCGUAACCACUUAUAUAUAUAAAUGUUAACGUUUUUGUAAGAGUUUGUGUACCACCUCAAAUAUUGACAUAUGGCUUUGAAACUUUUCACACUUGUUCAACAUCAUGCCCACACCCUGUACACAGGAAGAGAUAACUCUAUCAAGCAUUUUGACAAAAUUAUGCCCCUUUUUUUACUUAGAAUUUACGUUAAAGUUUGUGUAUAACCUCAAAUAUUUUCAAAGUCCAUUGGCAUCUGGCUUUGAAACUUUGCACACUUGUUCACCAUCAUAGCCCCAACCAGUACACUGGAGGAGGUAACUCUAUCAAGCAUUUUGACAAAAUUAUGCCCCUUUUUCAACUUAGAAUUUAUGUUAAAGUUUGCGUACCACCUCAAAUAUUUUCAAAGUCCAUUGACAUCUGGCUUUAAAACUUUGCACACUUGUUCACCAUCAUACCCCCAACCUGUACACAGGAGGAGAUAAUUCUAUCAAGCAUUUUGACAAAAUUAUUCCCCUUUUUCAACUUAGAAUUUACGUUAAAGUUUGCGUACCACCUCAAAUAUUUUCCAUUCAAUUUAUGUAAAUAUCUCAGCACAUCAUGUAUUGCAUUGAAAUCUAAUCUAAUAGUGAUCCAUGCAUGUUUCACCAAAACUUUUCAAUCCAUACACCAAAAAGCGGCGGAAUAGUCGAGAACGCUGUCUCUUUGACAGCUCUUGUUGAUAUUCUUGCCAAAAGGCUCCUGACAUCAUUUGUUUUAUCUAGUGUAUAAUCUGUAAAAAGUAAUGUCUGACUGCCAUCCCUUUUGCCUUGUUAUGAUACUGACUGAAUAAUCUUAAUUUCACAAAUGACUUGUUGCAUGUAGCAGUGUUCAUGUUUUACACUUAUCAUUCAUGCACAGGAGAAAUUCCAGAAGUUAUAUUUCACCAAAGACAUUGGUGUCCUUGUUAAGGUAAAACAUGAGGAUAGAUGAAGCCUUUCUACUCAUCUUAUGUUUUAAAUGUUCUAUGUUCAAAUAAAAUUACCAUAAACUA